CCAACAUAUUAUCUGCCCUAGAUCCAAGCCCUCCACUGCAAUUUUGGGGCAAGGUAUCAAGAGCAGCCAUGGCUCAACACUUGGCCCUCUCUCUCUUGCUCAUAGCAUCCUUACUCUUUCGCACACAUGCCAGGCCACACAUGGGAGAAAACCCAAUGAUCCAUAUGAUCACCGAGGAGCUCCACGAGUUGGAUUACAGCCUUCUUAAAGUGGUUGGCCACACGCGUCAUGCUCUUGAUUUCGCACGCUUUGCUCACAGGUAUGGAAAGAAAUACAAUUCGGCAAACGAAAUCAGACGAAGAUUUCAUAUUUUUGCGGAAAACUUGGAGAUGAUAAAGGAAACCAACAGUAACGGGCUUACUUAUACGCUGGGUAUUAAUGAAUUCGCUGAUUUAACCUGGCAAGAAUUCCGAGGCCACCGUCUAGGAGCUGCGCAGAAUUGCUCUGCCACAAAAGGAACACAUAAACUCACCGAUACUCCACUUCCUGAUAGUAUAGAUUGGAGGAAGACUGGUAUAGUGAGCCCAGUAAAGGACCAGGGGAGCUGUGGGUCUUGCUGGACAUUUAGCACCACUGGAGCUCUCGAAGCUGCUUAUACUCAAGCCACAAAGAAAGGGAUCUCUCUCUCUGAGCAACAGUUGGUGGAUUGUGCCAUGGCCUUCAACAACUUUGGGUGCAAUGGUGGCUUGCCUUCUCAAGCUUUUGAGUACAUUAAAUAUAAUGGAGGCCUUGAAACUGAGGAAUCCUAUCCUUACUUGGGUAAAGAUGGGGUGUGCAAAUUCAACAAUGAAAAUGUCGGGGCUAAGGUUGCCAACUCGGUUAAUAUUACGCUGGGUGCUGAAGAUGAACUGAAACAUGCAGUUGGGACAGUGCGUCCUGUGAGCAUUGCAUUUCAGGUGGUUGCAGACUUCAGGUUCUACAAAGGCGGUGUCUACACCAGCAAAACUUGUGGCAGCACUCCCAUGGUGUGUACCUUAAUUUUGAUAGAGCUAAACUAUAUAUUGAUAAAAAUAUGGAAGGUUGAUAAGAUGGAUGGAGCUGGGAGGAACAUGUGUGGUGUGGCUACCUGUGCAUCUUAUCCCAUUGUUGGAGCAUAAGUUUGAGUUCCAUACCACCUUGGACAUACAUGGCUUUGGCUCCUUAGAGAAAGUAAUAAGAAGGGGGGAAAGAAAAAAGCUCUUCUAAUGGUCUCAGCUUCUGAGGGAUGGUUGGAUUUGUAGUUAGGAAGUUGUAUUCCAUGCAUGUGUAUAGUAUUCAUAUGCCCCAAUGUGAGUAUCAUUAGAACUUAUUAAGGAGGUUUGGCCAUGGAGUUGACACUUGUGUAUGUGUAGCAUUUGGUAUUGAGAUGCCUAAAUAGUUGGUUCCAAAUUUUUGUGUGUGGGUAAUGUGCAUGUGAAGAGUGGUCUCCUUUUUCUCUCUUUCGCCUAAUAAGCAAAGCGCACAUCUUUUCAAA